AUGUGGCGUGUUCUGAUUGCUGCGGUGGCGGCCGCUGCGGUGACGUCCGUCGUGACGGCAGACUACCCCCCGGCAAUGGCCCUAGCGCCGCGCGACCACUUCAUGAAGCGACGCGACGCGCUGCGCGGCGAGUUCCCCUACAUGGCGCUGGUGGCCAACAUGUGGGGAGAGUGCUCCGCUGUCAUUUUGUCGACACGCGCCGUUAUUGGUCCAUCUUCCUGCUUGCCGCAAGGGUAUCCCAUGAAUGGUCGUGUCGAAGCUGGAAGCGGCAAGUUCAAGACUGCGCAGGAUUUCGGUGACGAACCAUCACAAGGGAGGAUAAUCGACAGGUUCAUAAAACGGAAACGUGAGAAACGAGACAGUGACAGUCUCAUGAUUAUGAAGCUCCUGGAACCCUUCUAUUUUACUCCGUUUGUCCAAGCCAUACACGUUGCUACAAAAACAAGAGAUCCUCCAGUGGUGGCACUGGUCGUGGGCUACGGCAUGGGCGGCGACGAGCGGCGGCGGCGGCAGCAGACGGCGGUGGAGCUGCAGCUGGGCCGCUGCCCCCGGCCCCGCGCAGGCGCGCUCUGCGUCACGGGGGCCACGGCGGACUGCCGGCCGGACCACGGCGCCGCCGUCGUAGUCAACCGCAGGCUGUUCGCCGUCGCCGGCAAGGAGUCGCUGUGCAGCGGCGCCGUCAUCCUCACAUACCCGCACAGGAGGUGGAUUGCGAGGAAACUGAGGGAAAUAAAUUAUAUCGCCCAUAUGAAGCCGCAUGAAGGUGACCGCGGCGCCGACAUCCGGUCCAGGUCAUCCGCAGACUCUUGGCACGGCGACCUCUGCGCGCGCUGGCCGUCCGCGGGGCUGUUUGCGCUCGCCUGCGCUCUCUGCUAG